GGCGACGAGGGCUGGAUGUGGUUUUUGUUUUUCGCUCUUUCCCAUGCAACCUUCACGCAUCCAUCUCAUCGCCAAAAUUACUCCAACCAACUCACACUCACCAACCGGCGCAGCUUGAAGAUAUACUCCGUCUCCCCCAGUCGGAUGGUGGUGGUUUUGCCGGAAAUAGAUAGCUGUUCUUUCUGCUACAAUUCACUCGCCCUACAAUCCAUCACGCAAACGACGUCUCGAGGAUCGUGCGCGGCGUGGAUUGCAUCCCUACCAGCUGUCCAGUUGUGCUCGCUGGUUUCAACGCAGCAAACACUCACACCCCCCCUUCCCUUCCCCCCAUUCGUACAUUCGGUCGGGAUUGAGGAUCCUUCAUCCAAUGAAUCUCAUUCUGUCCCAUCCCCAGUCUCUGCACCGCGGUGCUUACUUGACCAGGCUGGCCAUCGGUCGGAAUCUGGAAUUACCACAUUGAGCACGAAUUUGUGAGCAGUCGAGGCAGUGUCACGGCAGUCGAUGAGUUUCGCUAGGAUCCCGAGAUAUCUCAUCAGGACGAUCAGGCCCCCUAUCCACCUCCACCUCCACCUCCACUACUCCCUCUCCUUGCAGGGGGUAGGAAAGGGCUGGUGCGACAGUUUUUGCGAGAAUAGAGGCAGAUGUCAACAAUCUCUCUAUCAUCUUCCGCACUCUAGGAUUCUAGUUCCGGAUGAGCAUGUGUAUGAUGUAGUGCGAUGUGGCCUAGACGUUUUAUACACCUUUCAAUGGUUAUGGUUGAGCCGCGGAAAGUCAGUCACCUCAGCUGCAAGCGAAAUGUUCCAAUUGCCUUGAGUUGACGAUACCGGUACAAUGUACUUCGUACGAGUACACCAAGAUGGAACCCGGAACCUGGAACCUGGAGCAAGGCUGCCAAACAACCCACGCUUCAGUCCACUAAUGACUGCAAUCCUAUCUUAGCCGUGUGACAAGCUUGAUGUUGAUGCAUCUAGUGCCGUAGAUAGUCAUGGUGUCGUAUUGGAGUGGAUGGUCCACUUCGACUUUCACCUAACCGCAUGUGAAUCAAGGCCGCCGUCAUUAAGUACGAGCGAGAUACAGUAGCAUAGCUGCACGCAUUUGCGAAGGGACUGUAGUUGACAUGACACCUCGCAAAAGGACACGUCUAGAUCGCACUCGAGACCAGUAACUCCAUCACUCUCAUUGUCCAUUUCCCCUUUUGCGUGCAUUCAAUCAUUACAGCAGAUCUCCUUCCAAGCUAUCAUCUGAUACCCAUCCUCCCGCAGAGGGCAGUCGAUCGAAAUAGGAUGGAGUAUGGCAGCGCAGCGCCUUGUCGUCUAGGCCUAAACACUAAAGCGAGGCGGCUCCACUUCCCCGACCCUCACUGGUGCUCCUCGCUGUUGACUUGACAUCGCAUUGCCCCAAAACCACAGCCACGAAUACCAGAAGCACAUAACCGUUGAACCCUCCACCGCUCAACCACAACCUCGCCCGCUGCUGCCGUUCUGCUUCCGGACAUACUGCUCGACUCGUCAUUCCAUUCCCCCCCUAAUGCGGUGACCAAAAACCUCCAAGCCCAUAGCCUUCCCCCCCUCGCCGUCGUCACGGCAUCAUGGCCUACAAUCCCUCGAUGCCUGCGACGGCACACCGUCCAGCCCACGUUGCAGCUCCCGUUCCGAUGUCAGGUCCCCCAGCUCCCGCUGGCACAUUUGCGCCAGGAACAAAGAUACAAGUGGGGGACCAUAAGGUGGUGAUUCAGAAAUACUUCUCGGAAGGGGGUUUUGCCCAUGUCUACCUGGUCAAGAUGCCCAAACCGAUCAAUGGCACCGACAUCGCCGUCCUCAAACGGGUUGCCGUGCCUGAUAAAGAAACCCUGGCGAAUAUGCGAACGGAGGUGGAGACGAUGAAGAAGUUAAAGGGCCACCGACCGAUUGUCACAUACUACGAUUCGCAUGCUUCACAGUUAAAGGGCGGGGGAUAUGAGGUGUUUUUACUGAUGGAGUUUUGCAACGGCGGGGGUCUGAUCGAUUUUAUGAAUACGCGGCUGCAGAACCGACUGACAGAACCUGAAAUUCUCAAGAUCUUUACGGACGUGGCAGAAGGGGUAGCAUGUAUGCACUAUCUCAAACCUCCACUGUUACAUCGAGAUCUGAAGGUGGAAAAUGUCCUCAUUUGUACCAGCGGAAGCUCGAAACGAUUCAAGCUCUGCGAUUUUGGCUCGACGGCACCUCCAAGACCUGCGGCGGCUACGGCAGCGGAAUGCAGACUGAUCGAAGACGAUGUACAAAAACAUACCACACUACAAUACAGAAGUCCGGAAAUGAUUGAUGUGUAUCGAAAACUCCCUAUUGAUGAAAAAUCCGAUAUAUGGGCUUUGGGCGUACUGUUGUAUAAGCUGUGCUAUUACACAACACCAUUCGAGGCACAGGGGCAGCUUGCAAUUUUAAAUGCAAGCUUCAAGUUUCCACAUUAUCCUCCAUUUUCAGAUAAGCUGAAGAAGCUCAUAGGUAGGCACAAACCUUAGUUCAGGCAAGUAUAUAGUACUGACAAUCCAAGCUUCCAUGUUGAAGGAAAAUCCAAAAUCUCGGCCCAACAUCUACCAGGCUUUACGUGAAGGUUGCUUAAUGCAGGGUUUCGAGCCACCAAUCCAAGAUGUAUGUAAAUCCUGUGCAAAUAAGGCUGCAAAGCUCAUGAAAGUAGAUUUACUCCACGAGAACCCAAUCAGAAUCGCGGAGGAAUCAACAACUGCCAUCUACAGAACCAAAUUCAAUGUCCCCUCCGAUUGUAGGGGCCGUUUUUUCACCACCUCCAGCACAAAAGCAGGUAAUUCCUGAUGUCGUACCAAUGAGAAGAGGCCGACCUACGGGAAAUUCAUCAAGCCACACCCCAGUCUCAAGUCCAUCUCCGAUGAGAGGUACAACAAGCGAUCCUUUUGCCGCCUUGGACUCUAAAAUACCUCUGGCAGACGAGGACGAGAUUUCAAACAGAUUCCCAAGUUUAGAUCAAUUUUCUUUGCUGCAUGAUGGAGGAAAGUUUGAUUUUGAGUCAAGCUCACCCACUAAACCCACUCACGCUCGUAAUAUUAGUCAGAAAGUGACUGAAAAACUGGCGGAUGAUGCAUUUGCGACAAAUGCGCAACCUGCGCCUACCGCCUCUACAAAAGCACCCGCCAGUUCAGUUUCUCGCGCGCAAAAAAUCAUUUCGGGUAAUCCAGAGUUGCAAUAUGUCGCUGCAGCUGCUCCUACACCUACGUCUCAAGUGGUUUACCAGCCCACACCUACCCGCCCACCUCCACAAAAUUCAUAUGUUUCUCAAGGAACUAUGACAACUCCUCCACUUAGUAGCCAACCGCCUUCCAAACUUGCUCCUUCGCCUGCGUACCGAUUUCCACCAAAUGCUGAUCAUCACCGAUCAACCAGCCUCCCAAGAAACCAACAAAUGCCAUCAAGCACUUCGACGCAAUACUUGCGAGCAGAUGAACCCCAACUCCAAACUACAACUAUACCGAUGGGUCACACUAGAAACACUUCUUCAUCUAGGCCUUCACUGGAGAUUGGAAGGCCAAGUUCUGAUCAACUUGAUCCGAUAACAAGAACCAAGUCGAGUAAUUCUCGCCCUCGGCCUUCCAGCACAUAUCUGGAGUCAAACAUGGAUUAUUUGAGAGAGAAAGAAUCAAGUGGCCGAUCUUCUAUGGAAAAGCGCACAUCAUAUCCUAAACAAGGAGGUGAAAUUGCGGUUUCUGAUUCGAGUGAAGAAGAGACCAAUAUCGAAUCAAAUGUUGACUUCUUGAAAACUAUGGAAGAGAAUGAAGCAGCAAAGAAAGACAGGAGGCGAAGCAGUGGAGCCACUUCGAAAUCGAAAAGGACAAGUUUACCAUCUUUAUCUGGAACGAAGAACCUGCUUGCUGGGAAAUUCGGAGAUGCUUUCAAGCGAUUUGAGAGUAAUACCAAUGUACCUCCAGGACCAAGGACUCCGAGUCCUUUGCAUGAUUUAGAGCGAAAGGACCUCACACCCAUAGCCGGAUCCGAAGCCACUGAUGGAAGAAGUGAUGAUGGAUACGCUAUUGAUGACAGCAUGGAAGGCAUGGCACCCGAGCAGAGACGAGAAAUUGAGCGUAGGAGACUGUCGAUGGAAGAACGACGAGUGGCCGCUGCUGCAGCCGAAUACCGCAGGAAACUUGACGAAAGAGGGCCUUCCACGGCACCGAAGAGCAUUGGCGGCAUGUCACGUGCAACGAGCAUCCAAAAUAAAGUCAAGAGCUUAUUAGACGAAAAUCAACAGGGGUCUCGACCUUCCAAAAAGACCGCCGAGGGUUACGGAAGAUUUACAGAUAAUGCACCAACGUCACCGAAGAAGUUCGACCCUACUCCCAUCCCUUCGUCCAGCAAUCCGUAUGGGAGACCUGUUGUCUCUAGGAAGCCGGUCGGUGGACAAACACCUGUCCACGUAAAAACCGUACCAAUAACCGACCACCAACCAUCACCAAACUACAAUAAACAACUCCCCCAACAGCCCAUGACCAUGCCACCCGCUACCUCGUCCAAAACCGGGGGUUCCAGACCGAGUGCGCCUCCCAAACCAGUUCAUUUGAAUAGUAUGCGUACAGGAUCUCGUUCUGAUCUUUCUACUUCCCCGCCUAAACAUCUUGCCAGUCAACCACAUAUGAGUGGUACCGUACCGAGAUCCCCACCGAAACAAACCAGUCUUCCGAAUGUGAGGGGCGCGAGGACGACAGCGCACCCGGAUAUGAGUCCGCAGGAGAAAGAGGACUAUGUGAGGGAUUUUAGUAAGCGGUUUCCAUCCCUGAGCGGGAUUGAGAUGGUGGAGAGGGAGAUUGAGAUUGAUCGGGAGGCGGUAGGGAGGCGUAGUGGGGAUCUGGGGAGACGGAGUGGGGAGAGGGAACGAGAGAGGGAAGGGGGGAGAGGUGUGAUUGUGAGGACUAAGGAGAUUUAGGGAAAGAAGAGGGUGUUUUUUUUUGGUUUUGGUAGAGGUUAGAUAGAGAAUAAGUUUGCAUUGGGGCUGGAGUUUUUACCGUUGGUUGUUGUUGUUGGUGUGGGUAAGGUUGUUGUGGGAGGGGGGUAUGGAUGGGUGUUUGUAUAUAGAUGGAAUGGGUGAAUUGAAUGGGGAUUUUUAG